ACAUGUACAUCUCAUAGCGGUUUGGCCUUUGUUAGCGAGUCGGUGAGUAGAACCAAGAAAGCCAGAGAGGAGCCGCAUUCAUGCCUUUACAGGGAGGAAAAUAAUUAUCUGCACGAAAAACAUGGAUUAUCGUUUCGGAACACAGUGCUAGUUUGUCCAAAACCAGGAAACGAUAAUUUCUCAGCACACUGUCCUCCUGACAGGUGAUGGUGAACUCUGAGAAAGAACGUGCUUCCCUGUUGUGUAUGAAGGCUCUGGCCAGCAGGGGGCGUCUGGACACAGUGUUUCAACAGAUGGCCUCUCACCCACAGUACCUGGAGAGUUUCCUGCGCACCCAGCACUACAUCCUCUACAUGGAUGGCCCAUUGCCCCUGAACUACCGGCACUACAUUGCCAUCAUGGCAACGGCACGACAUCAAUGUAGAUACUUGGUUUCUCUGCACUCGGCUCAGUUCCUGCGUGUGGGUGGAGACCCCUCAUGGCUUCAAGGGCUGGAGGCCGUGCCCCCACGUCUACGUCGCCUUGACCACAUCAACAAGGUCCUGGCCCAUCAACCUUGGCUCACGGCACGCUCACACAUACAGGCUCUGCUCAAGACGGGAGAGCAUUGCUUGUCCAUGGCCGAGCUGGUUCAGGCAGUUGUUCUGCUGGCCCACUGUCACUCCCUUUGUAGUUUCAUUUUUGGUUCUGGUUUUGACUUGGACAGCACUCCCUCUCCCAGAGACCCUCACAGCAUGACCCCUGGCUACUGCCUCUGUGAUGCUGCUAAUGGCAACACAGCCUUAUUAUCAGCCCCUGCUGGACCCACAGAGAAAACACCACGGCGAAGGUCACUAGACUCCAGCUGUGAGCUCUCAUGCCAUCGAGAACAAAAACAGAAAACACGGGAGGAACGAAGAGGAAAUAGACUCCAUUCACAGACACUCCUACAUGCAGAUCCGGAAUUUGGCUACCAAGAAUUUGCCAGACGGGAGGAGGACCAUUUCCAAGUAUUCCGGGUGCAGGACUAUUCGUGGGAGGAUCACGGCUUCUCCCUGGUGAACAGGCUCUACUCUGAAAUAGGGCACUUGCUAGACGAGCGCUUUCGCAAUGUGGCCUCCCUCCCUUUCCCCCACAGCCCUGAUCUCAAACGAGCCAUCUGGAACUACAUUCAUUGUUUUUACGGAAUAAGAUACGAUGAUUAUGAUUAUGGCGAAGUUAACCGUUUACUGGAGCGUGGGCUGAAACUUUACAUAAAAGCUGUGGCCUGCUACCCUGACUCCUCCAAGACCCCUCUAUGCCCACUGACCUGGAGCCCUGUCAAAGCUUCAGAGAAGGUCCAUUUAAAUUUGUUGGUGAUGGAGGCACGUCUGCAGGCUGAGCUACUGUAUGCACUCCGAGCCAUCACCCAAUACAUGAUCGCAUAGGACACAGGUGUUCAACGCCACAGAAAAGGAGUGUACACAGUCACAUGGUACAAUGGAGGUAGAGAGGAAAAUCACUGACAGCACAGAAAUACAAGGAGAGACUAUGCUAUAUCUGUCUCUCCAUCACUGUAUUUUGAGUUCACUGGUGUGACUUUAGGUACUGCUGUGAAGCAUUUCUUUGCCAAAGCUGAAACUUUAGGAAGAAGGGAGCAGAGAACGAGCUCACCUCUACUGUCAAUUUGCAUGUCUUUCUCCUACUUCUUUUGUUUCUAUAGUUGUCCUUUUGUUGAGUGUACUUUUCUUUUUCUACCUGUCCUUUUUUAGUAUUUUUGUCCGAGAUGGUUGAUGUGCAAUUAUUUUAUUCAGUUGCUAUUAAUAUUUUCCUAUUUUGUUUUUGUAUUUUGCUGUUGCUGUUCAAUUGAAUGACUUGUGAGAGAGAAGUUUCCAACUGAAAGUUUCCAAAGUAUCAAAUUUGGGAGUUUUUUUUUUAAAAGGUCUAAGCCAAUUUGAGUCACUGUUUACAGAGAAUGAGUGCGUGGACAAAUGCAAUUGCUUAACAUGGCUUCCAGAGUCUUCAUUUGAAUGUUCAAUGGUGAGAUCAGAGCAACAUUUAACAAAGGGUAGGAAAGGUUAAAUGGCUGUUACUUACUUUUUAAAUAGCACUUUUAAGACAGUAUCUAUAUAUCAAUAAGCUUCAGGCUGUGGCUUCGUGUAGUUCACAGCAAGUAGUCCAAGUACUGUGUUUCACUCGUUCAUAUUGAUUCGCGUUCGUAUUUACCAGAAUCUUCCACACGCUUUGAGCCUGUAAAUGGGAGCUAUAAAGAUUGAUGUGGGUACAUUUUAUAGGAUCCAUAACAACUGGUCUAAUCAUUCAGCAGCAAGAAAGCAAGAAUUACAAUGUGAAGAACUACAUUUAAAAGAUGCAAAACAAUGAAAUGGAUUGCAUUUUCUAAAUGACUUUAUAUAGUAAAUUUGCUUUGUUGUAGUGUUUUCAGUGUUUCUGUUUUUCGAUAAUCUGUUUUACUUGCUCUAUACGGACUGUCGAAAGGAACACAGUAAGUAAUAAUUGAAGUUCCAUACAAUGUCUUAUAGUUUGGUAUAUGUAGCAUACAUGGUAAACAGUUUAAUCUAAAUCUAAAAGUCUUUAAUUUAUGAUAGACCGUAAGUAAUUAUCCCACUGAAUGGUUUAGUUGAAGGACCAGAGAUCAGUGAGAAGCACUUAUAAAUAUGCUGGCAAGUCCAGUGUUUAUAUAAAGGGUACAUUUAUUGACCUUUAUUCAUAAGAAAAGAUUCAGCCACAAUUGGAGCUUGUUUAAAAAAAAUACCAUGUAAAAAUAUAGUAAAAUAAACAUGAAAAAAUGAAGUCACCUUAUGAAAUAUGUGAGGAGUAGGGAGAAAAGAAUAAGCUUAUACAAAUAUUUAAUGAUGACAUGCUAGUGUACAUCAAAUAAAGGACUUCUAUUCUGACAAAACUACAGAACAAAGAUGUUUUGUCAACUCUGUCUUUCUAAGGUGAAAAGGUCUAUCCUUCCUAUUACUGACAUGCGCACAUUUUACCUGCACUGAAUCUUUUGCACCACCACUGUGGUGGGGCAUUGCCCCCUUACAGUUGUCAUUUUGGGACAAAUGGCUUGGAGAGGCAUUGAUGCCAUGAAUAUAUCAAAUGCUCAGUUUUGUGGGAAAGGCCAAUUUCCUGUACUUUUUUAAAGUCAUGGUGGUGUAGUUACGUAAGUACAGUUGACAAAACGGCUUGUGCACCACCUAUGUUUUUUGUGUUUUAAAAUGUUGCAUUAUUACUUUUUUUUUUUUUUUUCUCUCUCUGUUCAUGUUUCUUUUUGAGAAAAGGAGAUGUUGAUGUUUGAUCCCAUUAUUUUGCUGGAGUAGCAUUCUAAUAGUCCACAAAUAUUAUAUUGUUGGGCAAUUGGAAGCAAGUUAUGUAAACAGCAGAAUUGUGUACAGAACGUGAGUUAUCAUACAGGAGCAGCAUUCUGUACUAGAGUAUGGUGCCUUUUGAUUACUGAUGAGUCCUAUUUCAUCAGUGUGUCUAAACUGGACUGUAGUCUAAGAACUAAGCCUCAUGCUACUACAUUAACUGUAAUUUACACUGGGAAUGGAAGAGGAGCCAGUCAAUAUCAUUUGAUCAACAGUAAUAACACACAGGACUAACAAACUGCCCUGUGGAGAGAUUUUUCUAGAGCAGGAUAGGACUGCAGAAUGGCCAUUCUACCUUAAGCAGGACUGAAGGUCCUAAAUUCUUCAAUGGCAAUCUGUGGAGACCUCAUGGUCCCCACCACCUCAGCUGGAAGAUGUUAAGGACAGUGUCUCAGCAUGCAUGGCUAUUGCCAACAUGUCUAUUUACCACGUAAAUGUAGGAAUUAUAAAAAUUAAAUGGAAAAAUGAAGCAAAAAAAGUUCUGAAAUGUGAAAGCUUUUUUUUUUUCUAUAAAGAUAUGCAAUAUCA